UGCCACUAUAUGUGCGAGCUGCUGCCAGCACACAAACCUACCCAGCAGCUUCAGUCUCAAGGAAGACUUUGAAGAGAGAAACGGAGUAUUGCGAGAUGGAGAGCAGGCGAUUGUUCUCGACGGAGAGUAUCGGGGGCCGGGCGGUGUACAAGCUCCACGCCGUGACGGUGGCCGCGGGGAUACUCCUGGUGCUCUAUUACCGGGCGACGAGCGUGCCGGCCGCCGGCGAGGGCAGGGCGGCCUGGCUGGGAAUGCUGGUGGCGGAGCUCUGGUACUCGGUGUACUGGGUCGUCACGCAGUCCGUGCGCUGGAGCCCCGUCCGUCGCCACCCCUUCAGGGACAGGCUCGCCGCCAGGUACGGAGAAAAGCUACCUUCUGUGGAUAUCUUUGUAUGCACCGCAGACCCACACUCGGAGCCACCAAGUCUUGUCAUCUCCACUGUCCUAUCGGUCAUGGCAUACAAUUACCCAACUGAAAAACUAAGUGUAUACCUUUCUGACGACGGAGGUUCAGUUCUCACUUUCUAUGCUAUGUGGGAGGCCUCCGCAUUUGCAAAGCAUUGGCUACCGUUCUGCAAGAGAUAUAACAUUGAGCCAAGGUCACCAGCUGCUUAUUUCUCAGAAUCAGACGGGCUUCAAGAUUUGUGCACCCCAAAAGAAUGGUCAUUUGUAAAGGGCAUGUAUGACGAAAUGACUGAGCGAAUUAAUACAACUAUCAUGUCAGGCAAAAUUACUGAAGAUAUCAUGCAAAACCAUAAAGGAUUUGGUGAAUGGAAUCAAGAAAUUACCUCAAGAAAUCACAAGCCAAUUGUUCAGAUUCUGAUAGAUGGAAAAGAUCAAAAAGUUGUUGAUAAUGAAGGAAAUGCGCUACCAACACUUGUGUACAUGGCGCGUGAGAAGAGGCCUCAGCACCACCAUAACUUCAAAGCUGGGGCAAUGAAUGCUCUGAUACGGGUAUCGUCAGCGAUAAGCAGCAGCCCCAUCAUCAUGAAUGUGGACUGUGAUAUGUAUUCCAACACUAGCGACACGAUCAGAGAUGCACUUUGCUUCUUCCUUGAUGAAGAAAUGGGUCACAAGAUCGGAUUUGUGCAGUAUCCUCAGAACUACAACAAUAUGACCAAUAACAAUAUAUAUGGGAACUCCCUCCAUGUCAUCAAUAAGGUGGAGCUGAGUGGUUUGGACAGUGUGGGUGGUCCUAUGUAUAUUGGCAGUGGAUGUUUCCACAGAAGGGAAAUCCUUUGCGGCAGGAGAUUCAGCAAAGACUACAAAGAAGACUGGAACGCAGGGAUCAAGGACAAAAUACAGGAGAACAUAUAUCAUAUUGAAGAGAAAGCGAAGUCGCUAGCAGCCUGCACGUAUGAACAUGAUACACAGUGGGGAGCUGAGAUUGGGCUAAAAUAUGGUUUCCCAGCGGAGGAUAUAAUCACUGGAUUGGCAAUACAUUGCAGAGGAUGGGAGUCAGCCUACAACAAUCCUAAAAGACCAGCGUUUAUGGGUGUAGGUCCAUCAACACUUGCCCAGACACUGCUGCAACACAAGAGAUGGAGCGAGGGUAAUUUGUCGAUUUUUCUUUCAAAGUACUGCCCCUUCUUGUUUGGGCAUGGAAAAAUCAAGUUGCAGCAUCAAAUGGGAUACUGUAUCCAUGGACUAUGGGCAACUAAUUCACUCCCUACACUUUAUUAUGUUAUCAUCCCUUCACUAGCCCUCCUCAAAGGCACCCCCCUUUUCCCAGAGAUCACAAGUCCAUGGAUCGCACCCUUCAUAUACGUCUUCUGCGUGAAGAACAUGCAUAGCCUAUACGAGGCAUUAUCAUGUGGAGACACGUUGAAAGGAUGGUGGAAUGGACAAAGGAUGUGGUUAGUGAAAAGAAUAACAUCGUACCUCUAUGGAGUCAUUGACACUCUCCGGAAGUUACUAGGACUGUCAAAGGUGACAUUUGCGGUUUCAUCAAAGGUAAGCGAUGAAGAUGUAUCCAAGAGGUAUGACCAGGAAAUUAUGGAAUUCGGAUCAUCAGCUCCAGAAUACGUGAUCAUUGCAACUAUCGCGUUACUCAACCUUGUUUGCCUGGUGGGAGGGUUUUGUCAAAUCAUGACAAGUGGCUGGAAAUUACUCUUCAGUAUAUUUUCCCUCCAGAUAAUUCUCUGUGUGAUGCUAGUGAUCUCAAGUAUCCCAUUCUAUGAAGCAAUGUUCCUGAGGAAGGACAAGGGUUGCAUACCAUUCUCAGUAACAUUACCAUCUAUUGGCUUUGUGGUGUUGGUCUUUCUGGUAGAGAUUUUAGCACCAAUAGUUUAGGGUCGUACAAGAGGCAUCAAUAUCUAAUAGAAGUAAUUGCUAUAAUUCAUUGUUCUCUCGAGAAACACUUCAUGUAAUAAAUUUAACGUGCGCUUGUAUGUAAUCUAUCUUGAUAUGAUCAUAUGGAAGUUCAGAAAGGAGCUCGGUUUACCGUGA